AUGGGCGAUCGUAUCCCGCCUGAACUUAUCCACCUCAUCGUCGACCACGUCAAAGACCGCGAAUCAUUGAGAGCUUGCUCCCUUGUCGCGCUCAUUUUCCGCGCCCCGUGCCAGCAACGACUGUGGACAACGAUGGCAUUGAGAGUACAGCACGAUGCCGCUAUCGUAGAGCCUCUACAGUAUCCCCACUCCAUAUCUACCGCCAAGUCUACCCUCGAGGCCUGCCCUCACCUCGCAAGUUACAUUACUUGCUUGAAGCUCACCAUCGUGCCGGAAACCACGGAUUUCGCAGCCGUGGGGCUUGCUAGUACUAUCAAGCUACUUCCCAACUUGACAAAAGUCUCCCUCUAUCCACUCAAUGAAGUAGAAACGAGCUGGACGGACAUUCCCGACGCUUUGCGGUCCGUAACCGAAUCUCUGCUUGAAAUGCCCACUCUGCGUCAAGUCGAGCUUGCCUUCUUCUUCGCGGUCCCGCGUCAGCUCUUGGGCAGGAUAUUUGCGGAGUCGCGUUGUGUAUACUUGCGGGGAAUCUAUCUUGAGCACCAUAAAAACGCCUCCGAGCAGCCAUCGUCACCAAGCUCUUUAGAGCGCUUCAAGACCAGGACCAUUGAUAUCGGCUACUAUUUCCUGCCGCUCCCCUUCCUGCAGCCCUACUUCUGCUCGCUGCGCGCGCUGGUGUUGAUUAGUCAUCGCGAGCUCGCGAUCAAGUUCGUCAGCGUGCUUCAGCCGCUGCUUCAAGUUGCAGCUACGAGCCCGUCCCUCGAAUACCUCUCGAUCGAACUUCCAGACUACGGAAAAAACCCGCACGGGAACCGGCGGAGGCUGCAGCUCCCUCCGUUCAAGCGCCUGCAGUAUUUGCAGGUAGUAUAUGAAUACGACUCGAUCGACAGCCUCCACGAGCCCCCGGCGUUGCUGCUUCCCAUCCUGCACAUCGCCGAAAGUGCCCCCGUCCGCGAGCUCUGUCUCUGUUCCGACGUCUGCCACACAGAUGACCAGCCCCCACAAAGAACGCGGGCAGCAACAGACCUCGAUUCUUUCCUUGCGCGAUUUCUGGAGUCGGGAGAGCGACAGGCGCGCGGAAUAUCGCGCCAUGCUCGGUCGAUCGCUGCCGCGAGCGUCCCAAUUGGGACUACAGGUGGUCAGUUUCUCCUCUGA